AUGCAGAUAAGAGAUCACUUCAAGAUGCGGAACUUUUCUCUGCAGCAUUCAGACAUGGAGGCAUUUGUUACUUCUAAGUGCAAAGCGAGGACAUCCUACCUGGCAUGGCGUGUCUUUUGGGCUCUUUACCACUGCUCAUGGCUUAUGGGAAACAUCAUUAUGAUGUGUCUGAGUGAGGAGGUGAGCGUUGCCAAGUGGUUUAUCUACCUUAGCAAUUGGAUGUACUUGCUACUGACUCUUGAGUGUGUCCUAGAAGCCAUUAUCGUGCUUGAUGACUGGAACAGGAAGUCGGGAACUGUUCAAGGCUUGAGACUGCCUUGGUACAUCCAGAUGGUGUGGUUACUGUACACGGUGUCGGCAGUUGGCUCUGUGAUGGUCUCAGUGUGGUACUGGUCGUUGAUACACAAAG